GCGAGGGUAUAUAAGGCAGGACGUCCAGCGGCCAGGACGAGUUGGUUAGUGCGCCCUGUUGUCGUCGCCUCUCUGCCGCUUCCCGCACCCACCAACCACCACCUCACGUCGCCUGACCUCCAGAGGAAAGCCCAAGACCAUGGUAGCGAGAAGCUCAGUAGCCGUUCUCUUGGUGGCUUUGAUGACGGUCCUGGCCAUCACCAGCGUGGCAGGGAAGGCCCUUCCCAACCAAGAGGCCCAGUCAUUCCCCCAGGGACAGCAGCUGAUGGAUCCUUACGGGAAUCACCUGGUUGACGACGACGGGUCACUGGACGCAGCGCUGAUCAACUACCUCUUCGCCAAAGUGAUGGUCGACCGUUUGAGGAACAACGCCGACGUCCGGGACCUGCAGAGGAAGCGCUCCUACUGGAAGCAGUGCGCCUUCAACGCCGUCAGCUGCUUCGGCAAGAGGAAGUGAAGUCGCUAGGGGUAGCGGAGCUCCCAGCAGAAGCAAGCAGCUGCAGAAGAGUAAACACGAAGACGAGGAAAAGCAGUCAGUCAGUAGUAUCAUUGAGCGACGACCCAGAAACGGGAAGGAAAAACCUGGAAAAGUCUCUUAAAAUCUGGAAGCGAUUCGGAAUCAAAUGUCACCAUCAAUAUUCAUCUCAGUAUUGUCUUUGUUGGAGGGGUUUCUCCCAUCCAAAAAAAAUUCCAGUUAUUUCUGUAAUCAUUAUGUCAGGAUAUCUGUAGUAACUGCUUUUCUGGGCAACAUAUCAUUAAAUAAAAACAAAGUGUACUAUUGCAUAUAGCAUAACUUAUAUACGUGUCUGCAGUUCUAGAAAGAUAAAAUCGUUCAAAUUCAGAAACCACUUGAAAUGAUUAAGGACGUUUUUGUUUCAUUUCCUAUUUGUAAACAUAGAGUGGUUGCUUCGUCAACAGUAACGUUAAAAUUAUCUAUUUGCACCAUUUGCUGUCACUUGGUCAUGCUCACCUUGUUUCGAAAAGACACAAAUUGACUCAUCUGAAAUGAUCUAGCAAUGUUCUUCGGUUACUAAGAAGUCCUUCUCAGGCACAAUGCUCUUCUUAUACUUCUGCGUGGUUGCCGAAUACAUCGACCAACAACUUCCCAAAAGCUUUCUCCCUCUGGCUUUCUCCGCAUCUUCUGCUCCUUUCACUCUCUCCUUUCUCUCGUCAUAUCACUCUCCCUCUCAAAUUCCCUAGUGACAUAUCACGGUAUGAAUGAAAUCUACAGUUUAAGAAUGACUGGGACUUUCUGAUUUCGUGCUGGCCUGCCCAAAUUGUCUCGCCUCGGAAGUGGAGAGAUUUUUCAGGAACUGCAGAUAUUUGGAUUGGGUGUUAUUAUCAUUUUUAGUAGUCUAGUCUGUAUAGAUAUAAUAAACGCUUUCGAAGAUAGUUCUCUCGGUUUAUUUCCUCUUCGGCUUCGCCGUCCUUCACCUGGUACUCGAGAAGAUGCUUUAGUGAGGGACUCCAUUGACAACCGACUGUCUCUCCUUCGAGUGACUUUUACUGACCUUCCAAUGCUUUCUAUGGCGACGCGGUUUGACCUUCCUGUCACACGUGAAUUCUGCGUUAGAGGUCGACUCACAAACAGGGACCUUAUCGACUCAGAUUUCGUCAAUCAAUGAAGUGACUGGUUAGUGCAUCUAAGGACCUCAGCGCAACAAAGGAUAGGCAGGCGAACAUCAUCAUCAGACCCUUUAUAAGUAAGUCUGUCCCUUAAGAUCAACCACUUAAUGGAAACCUUGAAUUGGCUCUAAGACGCGAUGGUAAGGUCAGUGUCAGUUGCAUCCUCUUACUAUCUGUUUGAUUGAGUUGCAAGUGUUUUAGUUUCUUCCUGCGUCAAACAAAGUUAGUCAGAGAUUAGAAACACUUCCUUCGGUUCUUUGUCGCAUAUAUUUUCAAAUAAAAUUGGCUCAUCACU